AUGACUUUAUCAGAUGUCUUCAUUCUUUGCUUCAGUGUUGUCAACCCUGUGUCUUUCCAGAGCAUCACUUCAAAAUGGAUCCCCCAGAUCCGCACCUUCCAUCCUGCUUCACCCAUAAUUCUAGUGGGGUCACAGUUGGACCGCCGGCAUGAUUUUAACAUCCUUAUCCAUCUGGACCAGCUGAGGGACAAGCCGGUGGUAAGCUUCCAGGUCAGGGGGCUGGCAGACAAGAUCAGAGCCCACGACUAUGUGGAGUUUUCCACAGUGACCCAGAAGAACCUAAAAGAAGCAUUUGACUCUGCUAUCUUUGUUGCCAUCAAACACAAGACCUGUCAGAAAGCAAAGAAGCUCAAUCUCUUGUAUCGUGCAAAGACUUUCUCUAAUGGCGGGUGGAAGAAGUUCUUCUGCUUCAUCUGA